UAACUUGUCUAAAUUGUUACCAGUAAAGUAGGUACUUAUUUUUCUAAUUUUUUUAAAUUAAUAUACAUUUUUAUUUAUUUUGUUAAUCGACUUAGUAAAUUUUAGUAUAUGUUUUAAUUUGUCAAAUAAAUAAAAUGCAUAAGUUCAUAAUUCAAGAUGUAUUUAUUUGUGCGUUUACUUUAUUCAAUGCAAAAUAUUUUGUUUCAUCUGUUCAAACUGCCGACCGUAUUAAUGCAUAUGGUUAUCCAUUGGAGAUUCACAAUGUUCAAACAGAAGAUAAUUACAUGAUAGGCAUCGAGCGAAUUCCACAUAAAAAUAAUGGAAAUAAAACCAAAGGCAAACCCGUAAUUUUAUUGCCCGGUUUGUACGGCAGCUCGAUGCAAUUUGUGGUGAACAAUGAUUCGCUCGGUUUUGUAUUGGCCGAUGCGGGGUUUGACGUUUGGCUACUCAACUACAGAUUGUUGGGCAUUUCAAAAUUUAUUAAAAAUCCAACCACUGGCAAAGUUAUAAAACUGAAAAAUGUUUCUUGGGAUUUUGGUAUGGAUGAGUUAGCUAAAUAUGACAUGACGGUGGUCAUUGAUUAUGUAUUAGAAAAAACUGGAUACCCUAAAGUAGACUUAGUGGGAUUUUCUCUUGGAGGGACGAUAGCCUUAAUUGGAUUAUCAGAAAAACCACAGUAUAACAAUAAAAUCGAUCGAUUAGUAUUGAUAGCACCAACAUCUAGAAUGAGAAACUUUGACAAACGGUUAAUAACGUUAAAAUUGAUACCACCAAAGGUUUUGGAUUUGGCCUACACAUUAAAAUAUGUACCCAGAUUUGUUGAUCCGGACAAUCAGUUAGCUGGGAAAUUAUGUGAUUCAAUGAUUUUUAAAAAAAUAUGUCUUUCUGUAGCCUACAAUAUCCAAGGUGUAUAUUCGCCAAUUGUUGACGAUGCUCCAAAGUUUUUGAGUAGUUACCCACAGCCCACAUCAAUUAAAGUUCUGAGACAAUACUUUCAGUUUGCCUAUUCAAAACAUUUCCGGAAAUACGAUUACGGACGAGAUGGAAAUUUGAAACAUUAUAACUCGACUACACCAGCAGAGUAUAAUUUAUCAAAUGUGGCAGCUCCGACCAUUAUCGUACACUCUAAGUCUGACACAGUAUCAGCAUCCAAGGAUGUAAAAUGGCUGAUUAAACAACUACCAAAUGUUAUCGAUGUUCAUUAUAUAACAGAAGUUCCAUUUCCUCACCAAGCGUACACUUUAAGUCCGUAUGCCAAACCCUUCGUCAAUACUUAUGUAGCAAAUAAAUUGUUAAACAAAUAUUAAAUAUAACUAAACAUAAUUUUAUUUUUUUAAUUUAAAAUAAACAGUAAAUUUUGUACACGAAAUACAAUAUUAAUGUAUGUAACAAAA